ACAAAGAACAAACACUAUCGUUAAAGAUUUCAAAAAAAGAAAAGAAAAAGGAAAAAAAAAAAUCGUUAAAUGUAUACGGCAAAAUCUGUCAGCAGUAUUAAAUGGAAGCUUCUCAAAAUUGAAAAGUAACAUUUUAAGAAAACUGUUGUUUAGAUAAAAAAUGCGUUGUAUUUUUCUAAAAUGCCCGGGAAGAAAAGGGUCAGAAUAUUGGUUUGGGCCGGAAAAUAGCAGGUCCGACCCAGCGGCAGAAAGCCCAUUUCUGGCUUCUUCCCCAGUUCACCUUCACCUGCUUCUGUACAGACUACAUUCUCCCUGGCCAUUGUUGUCUUCUCUUCUCUUCUACAUUUGUGGACACUUACAGGCCAACGCAGCCUCUUAUUUCUUAUACGCUAUCUUUAGAGGAAUUGUAGAAAACUUUUGUUUCAAAGGUUUUCGUUUGGCAGGAAACAGAGAACGAACCUAACAAAAAGCAUAUUUUGAAUGGAGUGCGUGGUUCAGGGAAUUAUUGAGACACAGCAUGUUGAGGCCCUUGAGAUUCUUCUUCAGGGUCUUUGUGGUGUUCAUAUAGAACGUCUAAGAAUCCAUGAGAUGUGCCUUAAAAGUGGCCCAAACCUUGGGACUGUACCUUCCGAGGUCCGGCUUCUAUGUGACCUUGAACAGGCCGAACCAACAUGGAAUGUUAGGCAUGUAGGGGGUUCAAUGAGGGGUGCAGGUGCUGAUCAGAUUUCAGUUGUAGUCAGGACCGUGGUGGAAAGCAAAGCAAGCAAGAAUGUGCUUCGUUUAUUUUUUGCACUUGGCUACAAGUUGGAUCAUGAAUUACUAAAAGUGGGAUUUGCCUUUAAUUUCCAAAGAGGUGCUAAAAUUACCGUCACUGUUUCAUCAGUUAAUAAAAUGCUAAAGCUACAUGCUACUGAUCAGUUGGUUGAAGUGACAGCCCCAGCAACCUCCGAAAACUAUUCUGAAGUUGCUUCUGCAAUAUCCUCAUUUUGCGAAUAUCUAGCUCCGCUCCUGCAUUUGUCAAAACCGGGUAUUUCAACUGGGGUUGUUCCCACUGCUGCCGCUGCCGCUGCAUCUCUUAUGUCAGAUGGUGGGGGCACAACUUUAUAGCAGUAACUUUUAAAUCGUUCAGAAGCUUGUUCUUGUUGGGGUUUUCUUUCUUUUUGCAUGCCACUUUUAUCAUCAAACAAGAUUCUCAGUCAUGGCUGAUCAAGAAGAAUCAUCGUUGUUAUAUACAAUACUUGAACUGUAAAGUAAAUUAUUAGCAUAGAAUCUUAUUCGAGAUGUGUACAUGUAGAUAAACACAUUCAGGCUAUCAUUAACUAUUAAAACUGUUUCGGUUGAUUACACAUGUCAACUUUAACUUUAGGUCGAUAUAUAAUCAUCAUCAGCAGCAUAUAUAUAUAUAUAUAUAUAUAUAUAUAUAUGUAAUAAUGUUUCUAGUAACGUACAUACAAAGAUACACAAACAAGAAAGAGAAUGUAGACAUAACAAUUCCUCGGCUUAAAACAAGUUAAAAAGAGAUAACUAUUAUAAAAGAAGCAACACAAGCAAUAAAUAUUAAUGUAGCCUCUCAAUUAUUUAAAAGUUAGACCCCCACUAUGCACUGCAUGGCUCCUCCUGCCAAAAAAACAGAUUAUGAUAAGUCGAUGGUCAUUGGAAAAUUGUGACACAUCUGGCAUCUAGUGGUGGCCAAGGAAUUCAUAAAGCUGCAUAGCUCACAGGACCAGUAAGUCCCAUUAGACUCCACCUCAGUUAGACCAUCUUCCAAAGCUCUAACCAAGUUCUUAAAGUAGUUCCCAAUUACAGAGGUCAAUUCAGCUAGCUUCAAACGAUAGUCCAUGAAUUCCUGAACCGAAGAACCUUCACCAUCAAGAUACUUCUCUAGCUCCUUCUCAGCACAGUAAUGAAGCCUUUCCAAGCUGAACUCUGCCUCACCCUGCAAGUACUCAAAAAACUGUUUUUUAGCCCAUUGAUGCUGAGGGAAGUAAUACCCAUAUGCAUAACUCCAUUGAAGCACUCGUCUGCAUCUUAUAAUCUGUUGCCAUGCCUCUGUUAUGAAUCUCAGAAGUGGCUUCUCUUGGCCAUACAAGAGACUAAGCCUAUCCAAAUAUUCAGCUUGUACUAGGCGUAUGGCCUCCACAGCUUUCUGCCUCGAUCUUAAAUUGGCUACCCAACGGUUAUAGUAAUGAGUGUAUUUGAGCAAAGACGCCUUCACCAUCUCUCUUCUUUUGAUGUCAUUCUCAUCAGCUUCAGGAGCAGGAGCCUCUGGUAAGUAUUUGUUGCAAGAAUGGAAUGAUUUUGUGGUCCAUUCACCAAGACAAUGCCAGCAAAAUUCAUAUCUGCAUGGAGCAGCACACCUCAUGUGAUUACAUCCAUGGUCUUUCUCGAUCAGCCGCUUGCAUUGGGGACAAGACUUGGUAUUGACCAGAAUCCAAUUCGCAUUCUCAGACUCGUCCUUGUUCUUCAUGUUCCAUUUCGCCACCGUAUCACAAUCCACAGGCCUGUGAGCUUCCUCGUUACAGUUCCAGCAGAAACUGAAGGAGCAUCGGCAAUAAACAUCGAAACCUGUCCGACAAUUAUUCCCGAUGAAGUCGAAAAAAUCAACGGCGUAAUCGCAGCCUGGAGCAGGACACCAUUUGAUCUUCCUCUUCCUGUAACUAUCUUCCACAUAAGACCGCAAAAGGUACCGCGAGUAUUUCAAUUUGAUGGUGUUGUCGAUGAUCAACAUUCCGAUCAUGUCCUCACCGACGGCGGCGCCGCAGGAUGGGUCAGGACACCUCAGAAACAAACAUCCCGGUCCUUCAUCGUUUAUCGAUUUCGAAAUGUAACCUCCAUAACAGUCCCUGCAAAAUGGGUGACCACAAGAUGCCCAAGCUGUAGUAUUACUAAUAUUGUCGCAUAUUUCAAGGCAUAUUCCGCAAGUAAUCGGAUGAUCGGACAAGAACCGAAGUACGAUCGGGGUCCGGUAGAGGCCAACUAAGUUUCGGACUUGGUCUUCGUCGUCAAACCAAUUGUCGAACAGCUUACUGAGAUUCCAGUUAAAGUGUCGGAGCAAGACGAUCGCGGCGGCUCUUGACUCAGAAAGUGCAGUGGAAACCCUUAAAAUAUCAUCUUCCUGGCGUUGCCUUAUCUCAGCUUCGUUGAGGAUCACAUAGUUCCCCCCUGUUUCGCUCUGUUCUUGUUCGUCUUCUUCUUCUUUGACUAACCUGUCGAAGAAGGAACCGGCGACGAUGCUGUUUUCAUCGAUAUGAAGGGCGUUGAAUUUGAUCGUUUCUUCCAUACAUUCCAUGAUCGAAGAGGAUCGAAGGUUAGUUAGGGUUUUAGGUGCGUUGAGAUGACGCCAGAGAGGGUUUAUAGAGAGUGAAGAAUGAAAACUGAAGAAGAAGAAGAAGUUGAAGUUGAACUAUUUCAAAGUCUCAAGUCAACGAAGUU